GACAAACAAUUUCCCUAGAGUCGACUGGACAAAAACCGGAUUGGUCAAUCAGAGCUACGCUUCGUGACGCAGGACGACGACCGCGUCUCCUCUUUCCUUCUUCCAACUACGUAAUCGGAUAAGGAUGGCAUCCUAGCUUCUGCCUAGCUUCAAUUCAAACCUCUAUCAUGAUACUCGAUAAUACGUGAAUUGAACCGAACGAAUGCUGUACCAGCUGAAGACGGCUUGAAACAGCUGUAGUUUUCCGAGAUAAGCCACAUCUGUGUACGCGUUCGUAGAUAUUCUGAAGUAAGGAAACGGAAAGAUGAAUAGUGCAAUUAUGUAAAUUAUUUAUUUGUGCUGAAUCUCGAUCCUCCGACAUGCACACGCAUACCUCGACGAUGCACCCUGCUGCGGUGGUGCGGUGACAUUGACAGCGUCGUUGCGGCCCAGUGCGAAUCUCGUUAGAAUCUCGACGAUGCGCGCAAAUGUAUAUAGUCUGCGACGUCGAUAAAUAGACGUCACGCGUAUUUAGUAAUUACCACGCAGGACGGACCCGUUUGCAUCGUCGGCGAUGCUCAUCAUCGGCAUUCCUUAAGGACAGUAUCCCCUCGCAUCUAAUUGUACCAUGAUGGGAAUAUUGUACGAGAAAAGGCCGUUGAAGAGGCCGAGACUGGGUCCCCCAGACGUCUAUCCUCAAGAGUUGAAGCAAAAGGAGGAUGAGCUCUCACUUACAAAUGUAAAACAUGGUUUUAUGGCCACCACGACCCAGCUGGCCGACGAGUCUGGGACAGGUAGGAACUAUAAUGUCACUGCUGCCAAGGUCGGUGCGUACUUCAACGCGAUCCUCGCCAAGAAAGAGGAACUCGCAACAAUGCCCGACACUGGUAGGAAAAGACAGCAGAUCAAUCCCAAGGACAAUUUCUGGCCAGUAACAGCCAGAACAAAGAACGGUAUUGAAGCAUGGUUUAAGGAUCUUUCUGGCAGCAAGCCUUUAGUCACACUUGCGAAGAAAGCUCCAAAUUUUAACAAAAAGGAAGAGAUUUUCAUGAUGCUCUGCGAGUACCAAGUGCCAAUGUUGAGGGCAGCCUGGUUUAUCAAGCUCAGUUCUGCUUACACAGUUGCAGUCUCAGAAGCCAAAAUAAAGAAGCGUCAACUGCCUGAUCCAACCACAGAAUGGACAGGAACUCUCAUAAAAUUUUUGAAAGAUCAGUUAUCCAAACUGCAAGAGUACUAUCACAUAGGCAAUCAGGUAGCUAGUACUAGUAGUAACAAUAGUACAACAAACAAUUCCUGCAACAGCAAUGGAACUACAACAACAAACAGUAAUAGCAACAGUAAUAGCAACAGCAACAGUAAUAAUAACAGUAACAAUAGCAGUAACAAUAACAGUGUUAAUAACAACAACAAUAAUAAUAAUGCAAGCAAUAAUGCAAGCAAUGGCUCUACCAAUAAUCAACCACCCACACCGACUUCGAGCAGUCAGUCUACAACAAACAGUACAAUGAACGAGGAACAUAAGUUAGCCCUUAAACAAUGGCACUAUUGUGUCCAAUUAGCUAAAUAUAUGUUUGAAGAAGGCUUGUUGGACAGACAAGAAUUGCUACAGUGGAUUCUAGAAUUGCUGGAUAAGAUCAGGUCUUCUCCCUCGGAAGAUGGCAUAUUGAAGCUCCUGUUGCCAUUAGCUCUGCAAUAUUUGGAAGAGUUUAUACAAUCUGAAUUGCUGGCUAGACGAUUGGCAUAUUUAUGCUGCCGUAAAUUGGCAUAUAUGUGCAAUAACGUUGAGAGUAACAACAAUCCACAGAGUCCGUCCAUUACUAAGAAUGAAGUUAAUGGUAGCAAGGACACUACUGUUGCUGUUCAAGGGCCAUUAAAUCUCUUGACAGUUGCUUUCAAUGAUUAUUUGACUUGUGCACAUCACAGAGAUGUAAUUUACAGUUUAUCUACUAUAAUACAGGUCAUAACAUUAGAGUGCCCGACAGCAUUAGUCUGGAAUAGUGUUGGCGAGGGAAAGGCUCCAUCAGUCUUGAAUGGAUCACCCUUAGACUAUUUACCGUGUCCUCCUGCAGCUUUGCCAUGUCCACCUGCGAGUUCUGGUAAUCCUACAAUGAAACAACUGAGGAUUGCUCAGGAAAAUAUAAGGGCUCGCUCUCAGGCAGCAGAAGGUAGAUGGUCGUGCGACAAAUGGCAGCAGAGCAGCGCUGGAACGACAACUACCAAAGUGUUAGCUGCAUUAGACGCCCUUGAUCGGCAUAGUUUUGAUAAAAUGGAUGCCUCUAAUUCACUCGACACUCUGUAUGCAAAAAUCUUUACACCACCUUCAAAAGAUACUUCUAAUGAACGUGAUACAAAAACGGAAUAUAAUCCGCAACAGGAUUCAGCAGUAGUUGAAAUUUUAUGCGAAUGGGCUGUGAGUGCUGAACGUUGGGGGGAACAUAGGGCGAUGGCAGUUGCUAAGCUUCUCGAAAAGAGACAGAGUGAAGCUACUGGCGAAACUAAUGAUAAUGAUGAUAAAGAUAGUACAUGUAGUAAUGGAAGUCCACCUGUGCUUCCAAUUUUUCAACCACUGCUUAUGAAAUUCUUAGACGUAGACGCUCCGGUACUUGAUAAUACCUCGACUCAAUCUAAGGCUCAAUUUACAAAUUUAGUUCAUCUGUUUUCGGAAUUGAUCAGGCAUGAUGUUUUCUCACAUGAUGCGUAUAUGUGUACUCUUAUUUCGAGAGGUGAUCUUAUACAAGGCCCGGUAGCUAGCAAACCUGGAACACCUAGCAACAGAGAACCAAUUGAUGAAGAUAGUCUCUUCCCUGGUAUAGAUUUAAAGCCAACUAAAUUGGAAGUAUCGGAUCAUGGACGUACUAUGGAUUAUGAUGAUAGUAAAAUUGAUGACGAUUUAGAUAAGAUAUUGCAACAUAUUAAAGAAGAUCAACAAAAUAGCAUGGAUGCACCAGAUAGUCCCAAAGAGGAUGCACUGACUGGUCACGGAGGUCAUGAAAGUCUCGAUUCAAAAAUGCCAUCGAGUCAUAGCAGACAUUUAUUAUACACCACUCAUUUUCCGCUACCACAAGACGAAACAUGUAGUCAACAUGAUUGUAAUCAGCGACAUGUAUUGCUUUAUGGUGUUGGACGUGUUAGAGAUGAAGCUAGACAUGUUGUUAAAAAAAUGACAAAAGAAGUGUGUAAAUUGUUUGGAAAGAAAUUCAGUAUUGAUGUUGCCGAAGGAGGCAAAGUAAAAAAACAUUCUCGAAGUGAAUUUAAUUUCGAAGCUGUUACUAUGAAAUUCCAAAAUCUAAGUUAUUUUGAUCAACAUGUUGUUACAUGGCAGUGUGCAACGCAAGUGAUAGAAAUGUUGAAUACAUUUGCAUUAGCUGGUUCAUCUUAUUUACCAGUUCACGAGCAUGUAGCUUUUCUUUUCGAUCUAAUGGAACUAGCAUUGAACAUAUAUGGCCUAAUUGAUGUUUGUAUACAAAUCUUAAAAGAGCUUCCGGAAGUGGAAGCCCAAUUGACAGCUAGAAACAGUCAAUUGAUUCGAAGUUACACCACAAAUCUGAGUUUAUAUGUAGUUGGCGUAUUAAGAAGAUAUCAUUGUUGUUUAUUAUUAUCACCAGAGCAGACGACAGCGGUAUUUGAUUUACUUUGCAAAGUAGUAAAACAUGUGUCAAAUCCAAGUGACUGCAGCUCUGCUGAACGAUGCGUAUUAGCGCAUUUAUAUGAUUUAUAUUCAACAUGUUCUCUCUUAAAAACAAAAUCACAUGGAGUAGAAGCAUUCAGUAAUGCGUAUCCGAAAAUUCGAGCCGCUCUCUACAGCACCUUGCAGCCAACGCCUUCAAGUCAUGUUUAUAAUUCGCAAUUUAUGGUGGAUGUUUUCACUAGUCCGCGAAGGGGCGGAAAAAUUGAGCCGCAAUGGGCGAGACAGUUGAACGAAACACCGGCUAAUCGUUAUAGUUUUGUUUGCAAUGCGAUUGUUGCGGUUUGCAGUGAAACGGAUAACGAUAAGUUGAACGAUAUUGCUAUAACUUGUGCAGAAUUAACUGCUUGUUGCAACGCUCUAAAUGCCGAGUGGUUGGGAGUACUUAUGGCGCUUUGUUGCUCAUCUAAUAGUUCUGCUUUUUAUAUCGAUGUAUUAAAUCAAGUUGAUGUACAAGAUUUAAGUAUACAUAAUUCUCUUGCUAUAUUUACAUCAAUUUUAAUUGCGAGGCAUUGUUUCUCCUUGGAGGACUUUGUUGUGCAUAUAGCACUACCGUCUUUGGUGAAAACUUGCAAUGACGGUCGCGGAGACAUUGAUAUUGAAGUAGAAGCAGGUGCACGUUUAACUUGUCACUUAUUAUUGAGACUUUUCAAAACUGUCGAAUGUCCGCAACCGGCUUUAUAUUCGGUCAGUACGAGUCCUCAUCCGCUUCCAAGUGGAAAUUCAAGAGGUUAUAGUAUAAAAUUGAGUUGCGACAGACACUUAUUGGCAGCUGCACACAAUAAUAUAAGAGUAGGGCCAGUACUUGCGGUGUUAAAGGCUAUAUUAGUCGUCGGAGAUGCUACAGCCGCUAAACAACCUCCGAAGAAAGUCGAUAUACCUUUGAGUCACUCCAGUAAAGGAGGAGGUCCGGCCAGUGUUGGCGUCGGAGUUGGUGUGAGUAGUAGUGGACCUGGUGAACUAUCAAUCAGUCAUAUUUUGGGAACCAGCGAUAUUUUAGGAGGCGGCGAUGAUCUUGGCCUUGAUCUGGCUAUGUCUUCCUCUAGUAGUAGCGCCGGUAUGACCACGGAAAAUGUCAAGGGAUUUUCUGACUUUGCUCAUCACGUUUUACGUCAGAUUUGCAGUCAAGAAUGGGUGUUGGAGAGAUGUUUACAAAAUCCAGAAGAGCUUUGUCAUCAAGAUAUGCUGCUGGAUAAUAUGCUAACGCCGCGACAAGCCCAAAAAUUAUUACAUAUGAUCUGCUAUCCUGAAACACCCACUGAAGCUUUUAUCGAUCAAAAGACACAUAUUACAAAUAUUUUAGAAAAUUUAGAACAGUGGAGCCUAAGAAUGUCCUGGUUAGAUUUACAGCUUAUGUACAAGCAAUUUGCGCCAGGUUCCAAUGAGCUCUCUCAAUGGUUGGACACAGUUGCGAAAGCUGCAAUCGAUGUUUUUCAAUUGAACAAUACCUUAAGUAACAAACCUGAUAAAAAAUCGGGUUCUAUAUGGUUAGUUGCUCCGUUAGUUUCCAAGUUGCCAAGUGCGGUACAAGGCAGAGUUUUAAAAGUGGCAGGGCAGGUAUUAGAGUCGGGUAAUUGGUCGAAAACAGCAGGUCGCGAGAAAGGUAGAUCCAAAUCGCCUUCAUUGUUCAAUCAUCAACCAUUUCUGUCACUUGUAUUAACAUGCCUGAAAGGUCAGGAUGAUCAAAGAGAAGGUUUACUAACAUCUCUACAUUCGCAGCUUUCGCAAUUUUUAAAUACCAGCAAGGAAGAGAAGCACAUUGGUUCUGAAGAUCCUAAAACUAGAGAGGUAUUACAAGACGCAUUACAGCUAAGAUUUAGUCUCGUUGGAGGUGUAUUUGACACAAUACAAAGGAAUACGACUGCUACAACGGAUUGGGCGAUUCUACUAGUUCAAUUAGUCAGCUAUGGUGUUAUAGACUUGAAUAAUAACGCAGAAUUAUUUACAACCGUUAUAGAUAUGUUAGCGACUUUAAUUCACUCUACAUUAGUAUCAGAUUCACAAUCUGAGAAAGACGAAAAUAAGAAGCACUAUCAAAACCUAAUGAAAAAGUUGAAAAAAGAACUAGGUGAUAGAAAUUCUUCGAGCAUUCGCUUUGUAAGACAACUUCUACCAUUACCGAAGCUGACUAUGGAAGUUAUCACGUGCGAACCCAUUGGAUGUUUAACUGAUACUAAAGGCAACAAGAUCGCUGGAUUCGAUAGCAUCGACAAGAAACAGGGACUGCAAGUGUGUGAUUCUCAAAGAGUAUCAGCAUGGGAACUCUUGGAAGGUCAUAAAAAUCCUGCACCACUUUCUUGGGCUUGGUUCAGAGCUGUCCGAUUAGAACGCAAACCACUUACAUAUCAGAAUGCGCAUAAACUGUUGCGGUAUCAUACUCAUAGUCAAAAUCGGCCAGCCAGCCAUUAUCUAGAUCCACCUCCAUUACCACCAGAGGAUUUAGAACCGGAUAAGAAAGAAUCGGAACCUGGUAAAGCGGAUACUCCAAUGAGCAUCGAUUCACCAGGUCGUGUCGGCGGCAGUGUUGGUAACACCGGAGUUGGUAAUACGAAUACUAACGGUAAAGGAAAAGCUAUGAAAAAACAACGACAUAAUAGAAGAAUGAAAGGUGCUGCUACGCCUACAACGCCUAUAUCGCAGCAGAUGCAACAGCCACCAUCUCAAUUGCAACAAAUGACAUUUGGUAAUCAACAAGCUCCUGUUGCGCAACAGCCUGGAAUGUUCGCUGGGCAACCUCCACAACCUCAGCAGCAAUGGUAUAGCAAUCAGCAAACUCACACACCUGCGCAGCAGUAUGGUUACGGUCAACAGUUGCCACCUACACCGGUCGGUGGACCACGCUACGAGAGACCGGGAAUGAAUAAUCAAUCCAAACAAGCUCUGUCGAAUAUGUUACGCUUACGAUUACCGUCCAAUCAGUUUAUGGGUUCGCAGCCACAGCCACCGAAUGCUACGCCAGUUGCGGGACCAGGCGCGUUCCAAGGAAUGCAGAGGCAUCAAUUCAUCAGGCAACAGUUGAGAGCGCAGCAUGGAGCACCUGGCGUAAAUCCACAACAAGGCAUGUUUGCAGCACAGCAACAGCAACAGCAACAACAACAGCAACAGCAAGGAAUAUAUGCGGGAAUUCAACAAGGUAUGAAUCAAAAUUAUGCGGGAUAUGGCGGACAACAAAUGAUACAGCAGCAACAGCAACAACAACAGCAGCAGCAAACGCCGCAGCAAACGCAGCAGCAGCAGCAACAGCAGCAGCAGCAGUUGCUUCAACAGCAGCAGCAGCAGCAACAAGGCAUCUUGAAUCAACAACAAAAUAUGAUGUUCCCUAAUCAGCAGCAAAUGAUGGGUCCGCAAAGGGGACAGGAAUAUAUGCCACAACAAAGAAUGCAACCUGGUGCUGCUAGACCGCCAUAUUUACAGGCGCCAAAUGUAACAAUGAACGCAAUGGGACCAAUGGGUGGAGGUGUUCAGAACCAGCCUGCUCCUCCAUACCGACAAUCUGCUGGAAAACCAGGUGCAGUAGGGGUGACGGGGGUAGGCACGGCCAAUGUCAGCUUGCAGCAAAAUCAGCAGUUCCAACAGCAACAGGCGAUAAAUCAGCAGCGUAUGAGGCAACAGAUGUUAGCCAUGCAGCAGCAGCAGCAAGCCGCUCAACAGCAGCAGCAGCAAGCCGCUCAGCAGCAGCAACAGCAACAGCAGCAAGGUGCUGCUGGUGGUCAACAACCUACAUCUCAACUCGUAACGCAUUUACAAAGGCACUUGAGUCAACCACCACAACAUUCCUAUCAGCAUCAACCACCACCUUAUUAAAAAUAUACAAAAAUUGUAUUUAUUUAAUAUCUGCUAGUUAAAUACUGCUAAUGCAACGUAGAAAUGAAAACAAAUUCAUUAAAUUUUAGACUUUAUAUCACUGAAUAAAGGUUUGCAUCAGGUAAAGGCAUAUUUUAAUGAAAGGUUUUUUUAUAAGACUUGCUGUAAUUUUUUUAUCAAUUAAUAUGUAUUUGGCUAGAUAUUAUCAUAUUUUUUUAUGCAAUGGAUAUAAAAAUAUUGAAACGACGUUUUGAAAUUUUCACAUUAAAUCAAAUAUCACUUUUUUUAAUUGGACGUUUUAAUAACUAAUUAUUGCGAUGUAUCAACCGCAUUUUAACUAAUUAGGCAUAAAAAAUAGAAAAUACUUUAUGUAUAAUAUAUAGAUUUCUUUAUGUCAGAUAUCAAGAAUCAUGUUUUAAUGAUCUAUUGAGUCAAUAUGCUAAGUAACGGAUAUAAAUCAUAAAUUGCAACACAUUUUUUUUUUUAAUGUAAAUUCUCGUGAAGUAUUAUUAAUAAUAUUGUUACGUCCUUCUGUGCUUUGUUUCUGUGAAAAUAAUAUUUGUAAUAUACUUGAUUAAUUGAGAAUAUUACAAAUGCAUCAAGAAUAUUACAUUGCUCUACAACACAGGCUAAUUAAAGAAAAAGGAAGAUUGUUUCUAAGUCUUUUAAAUAAAUAUUUUUGAACAUAAACGUAAUAGAGGUUUUACAUAUCUAUAUCUUUUAAUGUUGGUUUUAAAUAUUAUUUUGUGAUGCACACUUUUUUGAUCUAUGCAUUCGCACAGCGGAUUACAAAUAUUGUAACAGAACACAGAUGCGGCGAAGCACACGGAUGUAACAUAUUAUUAUAUGUAGUUUCUAUAAUGACAGUGGCGAAUAUAUAUAGUAUAUUAUAUAAGAACUGGCAUACCAUAAUUUAUAUUAUGAAGUAAAUUUAUUGUUACUGUUAUCUAACUAUUUAAACGGUAUUUAUAUAUCAUAUUUUUUACAUAGAAUAUAUAUACAUUAACAUUGAUCAUGUAUAAUAGUAGUAUAAAGAUAAAUGUAUUUAAGUGCAUCAUUAAGAAAUGACAGUUCAGUAACUACUCUAGUAGAAUUUACACAAAUGCAAAUCAACUGUGUGGUUUGCAUAAUUGACGAAAUAAAAAUAAUAAAUCAAUAAGUUCCGAAUUUAA